AUGAGGAAUUUUACCUGUUUUGGCAAGAAACUACAUCUCUGUAGGCUUUGUAGUAGUGUUUCAUGUAUCAAAACAGCUUGUCUUAGCAGAUCCUUUCCAGGUCUUAUUAGAUGUUUGUACCACUUCCUAUUCUUCAACGUGAAUCCCCUUUGGAUCCAAUUUUUUUACUUUGUCUCUAAUUCCCUUAUGGGUUUUUUAGUUUUGAAGAUUUUGAAACCUAGACCCGACGCAGUAAGGCCUAAGGACUUUGAUGUGUUCUUUACAUCUGUGUCUGCAGCUACGGUUUCCAGCAUGUCAACCGUCGAAAUGGAGGUCUUUUCCAUUGCCCAGCUUGUAGUUUUAACCGUUUUAAUGUUACUAGGUGGAGAGGUCUUUCUUUCCAUGCUUGGACUUCAAAUAGAGAGUUCCAAGUUCAUGAAGAAGCAGGAGAAGAUUGAAAACAAAGUCGACUCAUUAGUCAGUUCAGACUACCUUAUUACUUCUUCAAUUCACACGAAUGUUGAUAAUCAAAUUGAAUUGGGGCUAGUCAAAGUACCCCAUUUCGAAAGAGAGAAACCCAGCAGUGUAGAGACCUGCAGGAAUAUUGGAACUGAUGAUGAUGAUCAGUUAAUGAGCUGUAGUGAGGACCUUAAGUAUGAUUCAAUUAGGUACCUGAGUUAUGUAGUCUUGGGUUAUCUUCUAGUGGUUCAUGUAAGUGGGUUUGCACUGGUUUCAUCAUAUCUGAGCCUUGUUCCAAGUGCCAGAAAUGUACUCGAGAACAAGAGCAUUUCGAUACAUACAUUCUCUGUGUUCGCAAUUGUCUCUACUUUCACAAACUGCGGUUUUAUCCCCACAAAUGAGAACAUGAUAGUCUUCAGGAAGAAUGCUGGACUUCUGCUACUACUCAUCCCUCAGGUCCUUCUUGGGAACACACUAUUCCCAUCGUGCUUGAGAUUUGUGAUAUGGGUCUUGGGGAGGUUUACAAAGAAGGUCGAAUUCAAGUACAUUCUGAAGAAUGCGGGAGAGGUUGGAUAUGCUCACUUACUCCCCAGUUUGCACUCUUUCCUUUUAGUCGUCACUGUUUUCGGCUUCAUACUGGUACAAUUUGUUCUCUUUUGUUCCAUGGAGUGGAACUCAGAAGGACUGAAUGGGAUGAAUCCUUACCAGAAGCUAGUAGGUUGCUUGUUCCAAACAGUGAAUUCGCGGCACGCCGGCGAAUCAAUCGUUGAUCUCUCCCUAGUCUCUCCAGCAGUCCUGGUUCUGUUCGUGGUAAUGAUGUAUCUCCCUCCGUAUACUUCCUUUUUACCCAUUAAAGAUGAAGAGCUUUCUCCAGCAAGCAGUUCCGAAAAGAAAACCAAAAGUAGUUGGGGAAGGCUAAUGGAGAAUCUCAAAUUCUCACAGCUCUCUUAUUUGUUCAUAUUCGUCAUCCUCAUUUGCAUCUCAGAGAGGAAAAAGAUGAAAGAAGAUCCACUUAACUUCACAGUGUUGAACAUCGUCAUUGAAGUGAUCAGUGCAUAUGGCAAUGUGGGUUUCACAACCGGGUACAGUUGCAAGCGGCAACUAAAUCCAGAUGGCCAAUGCAAGGAUACAUGGUACGGAUUCUCUGGAAGAUGGAGCAACACGGGCAAGCUGAUCCUCAUCGUGGUCAUGUUUUUCGGAAGACUUAAGAAGUUCAAUAUGGAAGGUGGCAGAACUUGGAGACUCCAGUGAGACAGAUAGAUAAUAGCAUGUAUACAAACUCCAAAUAAUUGGAGAGAAUUUAGGAUAUCUGCAUGGAUUGAACGUUUCCGGUGCAAUAUCUAAGUACGUAGUAAAAAAGUAGAGACAUAGAAGCUGUGUAAGUGUUUGUUAUGGUGCUCCCAAGGUCAUGUUAUGCAGACUUUACAUAAG